GCGGUUGGCCAGCUGCAACCAUCCAUAUCUCCAGCUCCUCCACCUAUACCAGGUCAGAUGCCUGCAAACACUCCACUAAAUUACUACUAGCCAUCAUUGACUCUUCCGAUGUCUCUAUUCACCAUGGAAAGGACCUUCGUCGCCCCGCGGAUAAAAUCCAUUGUUUCGUGCUACAACUUGUGCAUCCAAUCCUUCGAUCGACUCGCUAAGACCCUGCUGUCCCAGGACCAAGGGUUUUUUGAUCAACGAGUAGCUCUUCGCGAUGAGCUUGGAAGGUUCAGAGUCUGGGCCGGAAACUCCGGUGCGCAUCGGACUGGACGAGUUUCCUUAGACCACCGACUGAGGGAGGCAUUACACGUCCAUGGGAAGGUUACAAACCUGUUGGAUGAUCUGGACAGAGCGUUGGAGGAAGCAAUCACACUUAUCACGCAGGAAGAAGGGCCAUGGGAUACAUCGUCGUCGGACGCGUCUUCUGAUUCUUCGCAUACAUCUCUCGAUGAUGGCCCUUCGAACACACAUGAAGCUGAGGAAGAACUGCCAUCCACAACAGAGCUCGAAUACGCCUUCUUGAACAUCACACACGUCGUUACAUGUCUUUACAGAUUCUCCGUUGCUUUGCGCCAGCCCGCGCCUCGCGACAGGCUUCAGAAAUAUGCCGCCAUCGAUGUCUCACACUACGAUAAAUACGAUCAAGACCACGCCGGAAAUAAAUUCAAACAGGCACCGGAAUACCUUCAGAAACGAAUGGGGAAAGCAAAUACUAGGCGUCGCCAGCUGCUUCAAUAUCACAAGAACCACCACGACAAGAUCGCCGACUAUGAUGACGGCAACGACUUCCAAAGGAAAGAAUCGGGUACGAGCAUCACCGCAAAGAGUAGCCAAAAGUCUGGGACCCGAAUAAAUAGUCAAACGACUGUAACUACCUACAAAAUCGAGAAAGAUACAAUGGACUGUGUCGGUGCGGCGUCUGAGGCCGGUCAAUCUCAAACCUCAUAUACCACAUCCAAUGCUACCGAAAACGAAAUCAGACUCCAGGUUCCACCCCCUCCAAGUGGUGCUAUGCUUGACGGUGAAACCCCGUUUCAGUGCCCGUACUGCUUCUCCCUAGUAACUAUGAAAAGCACGCAUCAUUGGAUGAAACACGUAUUCAAAGACCUAAGACCGUACAUAUGUACAUUUGAGGACUGUCCGAAACCGGAUCAGAUGUUCGAGUACCGGCGCGAUUGGUAUGAGCACGAAGGACAAGUCCAUCGGAGAGAAUGGUUUUGUGCUGGCUGUAAACGAAUAUUCGCCUCAAAAGACAAGCUAGUCGAUCACCUGCGACAGAGCCAUCAGGAUGAGGGCCAGGAGUCGGAGCUGUUGGAUUUAGCUGAAAGGUGCGAACGAACUAUUGUCGCUGGACUGCAACCAUGUCCAUUAUGUUCGGAAGAACGUUCUCCUAAGCGGCUUCGAGGACAUCUAGCUCGACAUAUGCAGCAACUGGCCUUGUUUGUUCUUCCACUCAACGUCGAGCCAAAGUCCGAUAGCUCAGAACCUGGUGAUGCCCAAUCUCUCAAGACCACAGCUGACGGAAGAGCUACUGCUCACCUCGAUGAUUCUUCGGAUGAAUCCGACUUGGCUUUCGACUUAAACCCGGACCGUGAUCACACGGAGGAAGUUUUCCAGGACCUUGUCGUUUCCGGCAACAGUGAUCACACAGAUGAAGUUUUCCGGGACCCUGUCGUUUCCGGCAACAAUGGAAACGUAGAUAAAGAGGGGGCCGAUAGCAAUCACUUCGAACUUCUGCCUACAAGCUUCCAAGGGGGCGGAAAUGUUGGUACAGGACUUGGUGGGAUAAUUUCCUACACCCCGUCCCCACAACAGGAAGCCUUGAAAGAGUUUGGUAAGUUAGAGAGAGGUCGAAUAGAAGUUCAUGUAACUGAUUUGCCCUAAAGCCGAAACUUACAUCGCC